AUGCCGCUGUCUUUAGAGGCACCCGUCCUGCAGGUGGAUACCAAUGUCAUCCACAAAGUUGACACAACCAAUCCCGCCAAUCUCUUCAGCAUGUGGACUGUGUUUGCAAGGUGUCGUGACUCGGUGGCCCAAGGCAGACGGCUUGAAAACCUGAGCUGGCGCCUAUGGAAUCGAGAAACAUUUUGCUGUGAGAACGGCGACAUUAUCGUCGCGUCCUGCGCCACUAGCAAACCUCAAGACAUUCAAUAUCCUCGCGGGGUGGUCGCAGAAGACCUUCCUCAGCUUUCUGGGAGUGUUGACUCGGUCGCAGACGAGGAAGCGGUCGAUUUCACAGCAGAAUCAGCCCCAAUGGACAUCUUACGGCCGAGGAUACAGAGACAGGAUUCGUGUGCCAGCAGUCGCAGCCGCGGCCGAGAGCGCCACAUCACCUCGGAUGAAUUGGAGAAGAUGGUAACGUCCAUCAUGGAGGCGAAAAUGCCUCUCGAUGCGCCACUUCCCUCAAUCCCCCGAUCCCCCAUUGUCAAAGAAGAACCGAUGGGUUCUCCAGAGCCCGAAGCUGAGCGGACAGGUUCCACCACCACGGAGGACUCUCCACCGACCUCAGAGAAUACUUCCAUGGAGUCACUUCACUCAGAGCCCGCCUCAAACCUGUCGAUGCAGAGACAGACAAUCGUCACCCGCGGCUUCUCGCCGUCCCAGAUGCCCUUGAGCCGCAUUACAUCGCAGUCUUCAAAAGCUCCCUCUCCGAGCGCCAUCCCUGCGCCGACCGAGGAGCCAGCGCCAAAGAUGAUCCAGCCCAAGAAGCAACCGGCCAAGUUCGCUCUCGGCGGCUCUUCGGGCUCCGAUGAGGAAUCCUUCCGGGACCGCCAGAUGGAGCAAAGGAAGCAGCCAGCCGCGCAAACGAAGAUGAAGAUGUUCCAGGUUGGAGCUUCAUCGGAAGAAGAUGAUUCCCCAAGGAACCCCCAGCUCCUUGAGCGGCCUGCCACUGCCAUGAGCGGACAAAAGAAAACGGCCUCCUUCAGCAACCAGGUUGUUACGCAGACCUUCACCUCUUCUGCCAUCAGCGACACCGAUGACGACUACAUCGAUGAGAGUGCCAUUGACGACGACGACGAUGAAGAAUGGGAGGAAGAGUCCGCCGAAGAAAGCGGGAAGUCGAGCAUGGAAGAGAAGAUUCAGUUCAAGCGCGUGGAUUCGAGUGCCAACCUUACCUCACGACGGUCACUCAUCACUUUGAUGCUGGCCAACAACAACAGCCGCGUCCAAAGACUGGGUAACCCGGCGUCGCAGUCGACUUCAGCUCUGCCGCGCGCCCGGACCUCGCUCAAUGGACCAUCACUCUUUGCCUCGCCCAAUGACUCUGAUGAAGCGCCACUGAUGAUGAAGCGCGGGACCACCCGCGCGCCACCGAUGCGACCCAUCAACGAGAUCCCUCGGUCCUCAGCGCAGCCUAUCAAUGUGGCGGCCACAGGCAUCCACCACCAGGCUGCUCUCUCACCGCGGACGACCCGGAGAAAUAUGCUCGCCACUGAGUUAACAGAGUCGCUCCGAAGGAACCUUUUGAGAGAACGGUCACAAAAGUCGUCCACUGCGAAUGCUGUUCUCAAGCGACGGCACACUUCGCAUGAUGUGGCGAACCUCAAGCAAUAUCCGGAGAAGCCGUUCAUGAAGGACGGCGACUCCAACGCAUCCAGCUGGGAUCAGUACUUCAAGAACCCAUUCACGGGCUACCACGCUCAGGGCUGGUAA